GCCCGCCCUCGCUGCCCGUGCCGGAGCUUCUCCGCGAUCCCACCGUGCCUCCCUCCCUUCUCCAGCCCCCGUCCCUUCUGCAGCCGCCCGGGAUGGGCGUGCGGAGCGGCGGGCGGGAGCCGCGGCGGCACACGGCGGGCGGCCGCUGAGCGGGGGCGCGUCCCGGUGCGGGGCUGCGGGGCUGGGACGGUGGGAGCAGGCAGCGGUGACGGGUCCGGGCAUGGCGGAGAGCCUGAGCCCCUGCUCCCCGCGGGGCCAGUGCCAGCCCGGCAUGGGUGCCAACACCUCGUCCGCCAGCAUGGACACCAACGCCUCCUCCUCGGUGGUGGGCGGCAGCGCCUGGAGGGGCCGGGAGCCCUUCUCCAUCUUCACCGUCCUCAUCCUCACCCUGCUGGUGCUCCUGACCGUGGCCACCUUCCUCUGGAACCUGCUGGUGCUGGCGACCAUCCUGCGAGUGAAGGCCUUCCACCGGGUGCCCCACAACCUGGUGGCCUCCACGGCGGUGUCGGACGUGCUGGUGGCGGCCCUGGUGAUGCCGCUGAGCCUGGUGAAGGAGCUGUCGGCCGGGCGGCGGUGGCGGCUGGGCCGGGAGCUGUGCCUCGUGUGGGUGUGCUUCGACGUGCUGUGCUGCACGGCCAGCAUCUGGAACGUGACGGCCAUCGCCCUGGACCGCUACUGGUCCAUCACCCGGCAGCUGCAGUACACGCUGCUCGCCCGCCGCCGCAUCUCCAAUGUCAUGAUCGCUCUCACCUGGCUGCUCUCCGCCACCAUCUCCCUGGCCCCGCUGCUGGGCUGGGGCGAGACCUACAGCCCCGAGCAGGAGCGCUGCCAGCUCAGCCAGGACCCGUCCUACACCAUCGUCUCCACGGGCGGGGCGUUCUACCUGCCCCUCUGCGUGGUGCUCUUCGUCUACUGGAAGAUCUACAAGGCGUCCAAGUUCCACAUGGGGGGCCGCAGGAGGAACGCCGUGGUGCCCCUGCCCGAGGCUGCCCAGGUGAAGGAAGCUUCGCAGGAACCACAGAUGGUGUUUACAGCUCGUCGUGCAGCUAUCACUUUCCAGACAGAUGGAGAAACGUGGAGAGAACAGAAAGAGAAAAAGGCAGCUCUGAUGGUUGGCAUCUUAAUUGGAGUUUUUGUACUGUGCUGGAUCCCUUUCUUCAUCACAGAAUUAAUAAGUCCCCUCUGCUCCUGCAACAUCCCGCCCGUCUGGAAAAGCAUCUUUCUUUGGCUUGGCUACUCAAAUUCUUUCUUUAAUCCUCUCAUUUAUACAGCAUUUAACAAAAAUUACAACAAUGCCUUCAAGAACCUUUUUGUAAAGCAAAAAUAAAAGGAGAAACAGAGGAAAAAAUGAUUAUUGCAUUACAGAAAGAUUUCUUGAGGGAAACAUGCCUGUGAUAUGUACAGUUUUCAUGCACAAGAGCUACUUGAGGGGAUUUAGGAGCAGUGAAAAAGAAGAUGGAAGAUGUCUGGAUAUAAACCUACUGAGAGUUUACAAUUCCCCCUUAGAAAUAUAUAUGUGCUAUGCCAGUGUUUGGCAAAGAAGGUGGAAUCAGGGAAUGCCUGCCUUCUGUCUGCUCUUCAAACCAUGCCAUGAGGUCUGCCAGGAAAGUGAUCCUGCCCAGCCAGCCCCAGCCCUGCUGGAACUCUCCUCAUUAGCACAGGCACUCCGUGGGAGCUGCUAAUUGAGCAACACUGACAUGUCUGUGAUAUGGGCAGGAUGCUGGCUUUGGUUUUCAGAUUUAUUUCGGAAGGGAAUAAACAUGCUGCAGUCAAUCAGGCCUUGAGCUGAUGUGAAAUUAUGACCAAGCAGCUCAGAAACACAUGGUGCCAGCACUGAGGGGCUGUGUGCUCUGCAAGCAGCUGGGCUUGAUGGGCAGGCCUGGUCAAACGGGUCAGCUGUGUCCCCUGGGCUUAAGUGAAACUUAAGAGGCCAAUACAGAAUUAUUCAGAGCCCCUGAGAAUGUGUUCUUAAUGCUUGCACAGGAGGAUUUCAUUUGUGUUGUCCUCCCUAACUCUGCCAAACUCAGACUCUCCCUGUUUUAUGAAACUUGGGUUAGACACCAACCCCUCCAAGUGAAUGGGGACUGUAUGCAUGGUUAUUUCAUGCUACUGUAAAACUGAGCAGGCAUCUGUGUUGCAAACACCAAACAGGAUGUUCAGGCACACCAGCUGUGCUGGCAGCAGCAUGUGGCUGCUUGGCAGUAAUAGAUCAGUGCCUGCACUGUGUCUGGGGCCCUUGCACCAUAAAUCUUCUCAUCACCCAGCCUGGAUGAAAUCCACAAUUUGGCAACUGGCAUCAACUGGCAUCAACCUCUUCCUUCUGUAACAAAGGUGUGGAUACCAUCAGGUCUAAGUGACUCCCCAAAACCCAAAGAGACUCAAACCCAAGCCUUCAGUCGUUUUCCCAAGAUCUGAAAAACACCCCUGACCCAACAAUAUGUACAUAAAUAAUCUAUUUCCUUGCAUACUGCCAAGUCCAUCUUGCUCCAUAUUUGUUUCUCUGGUGGGUUUCACUUCCUCCUCUGCUCUGAGUGGGAGAGCUGACAGCAUCUCUGAGUAUUUCUAGCAUGGCAGCUUUUUACUGGCACAGAGUCCCAGGAAGCUUAAGGGAGCUUGGCUGCAUUUCAGGAGCAUAGUGUGUGGUGAGGUCAGGCAGAGCUGGACCUCCCAUCUGCAGUGCUGUGACAGACCAGUGUGACCUGCAGCCACAGCCACAGCUUGCCUUGCAUUCCUGCAGAGGAUGCUUCUCUCAACUUCAGUGGGAAUUCAGAAAUUUUAAUAACCUAGAAUUUAGAAGAGUUGUUAGAUAGUGACUCAGAUUUAAAUGCCAAUUUAAAUAACUUUCCCUUGUGACUCCCAACUUGCCUGCAUAUGGAAUAGCUACCAUUCAAACCAGUGUUGGGAGGCUUAAUUAAACCAGAAGGAAGGCACAUAUGUAAAAGACUGAAUGUAACUAAAACCUGCAGCCUCAUUCAGAACCACUGACAAAUUUUUCAAGUUAAUUGUAUUUUUUCCUAUAAGAGAAGAAAUGCUCUAAAACCUUUAAAAUUCAAACAGAUGACAUGGAAGAGAGGAAAUGCAGGGGUCAUAUUGGGUUUGUGUUCAAAAGCAUACAAAUCUUGUGCAUGUGGCACUCCUGAAGUUUCUAAUAAUCACGUUUUGGACAUGGAAAAUUUUGGAAAUUUUACUCCCUCAGCCUGGUAAGCCAAGCCAUUGCUGCCACAUAAAUCCAGUGCCAGCCCUGGUGCCCUGGCCCAUCCCAGUGUGGCUGCAGGAGCUGCAGUGAUCUCUAGCUGCACAUUCCACCUGACUGCAGCACCCAGCUCCAGUUCCAGAACCCUUCCCUGAAGCAACACAGGCUGUGAAGGCACCUUCUACCAUGUCUUGGCCUCUGGAACUUGGGAGAACACCACAGAGCUGCAAGGCCCCUGUGCAGUUCCUGCAGCUGCACCAGUGCAGACCCUGACCUGCAGCAGAGUGCCUUCAGCAAGCAGGAGAGAUGUGGUAGGGCACUGACACGGCUCUCCUCCUCCUCAAGGAUGAAUUUAGCUCCCUUAAGAGGCGAGGCUGGGCCUCUGGAAUUUUGCUGUGAGAAGUUCUGAAGAUAAGCAGCCAGUGCUCUGCCCACCCAAGCAUCUGUGCCAGCAGUGUUCCGGGCUCACACAGCCGGCCUCCGUACGCACCCAGAGGCGAGCAGAGCUUUCAUUUCAUUGCACUGCAUUUAGAAAGCUCUUAACAAAAUCAGCUUCCCACACUGACUCUAAAUGCAGACUGCAGUUAGAAGAGCAGCAGCACAGAUUCAGGAUUUAAAAUUCUGGUUUUUAAUCACAGCUUGCUGUGGGGCAAAGAAAAUGUUAUCAGUGGUUGUUACCUAACCUGCUGCAUGCUCCCAUGUGAACUAAGAUAAAUGGCACAGUAUCUUGACUAUCCAAAAGAAAAUAAAAUAGAAAUCAGGUAUUCUAAAGGGACAUCAUUUGGCACAGCUUAGAUGCUACAGUCAUUUAUUUCCCCAGCUGAAGCUACCAAUCAUCUCUGCUGUAAGCAGUGGACAACUAGUUUUAAACUUUAUUUCCUGACACUGAAUUUGCUUCCAGAAAAACUUACUGGAGCCUAUUGCUCAGCAGAAGGGCACUGCUCCAUGCUGCAGUAGCUGUGCUGUGGGAGCCCAGAAUGUGCAGAAAUUAAAGGGCUUUGGAGGAUGAGUGUGAGCAGACAAUGCUAAUAACCCUAAUAAAAAAAAAUAAGUUUUGCUGCAAGUCCUGUAAAUGCUACUUUACAAGCCUGGUAACACCAAAUGAAUUCAGGCCAAGACCUUUCUCUUUCAACAAGGAGAUCCAUCAAUACUGAAGAAAAAUUCUGAGAAAGUCUCAGUUCCUCACCUGCAACCAGCUGAGAUGAUUUAAGGCAGAUUCUCCUUGCUGUUGGUUCCUCCCCAGGUAUGAGAAAUGGCACCCAACACAUAGAGCCUGUGCCAGAAAGCAAGGAACAGCUGAUGGAACUGCUUUCACACCCUCACCAGCCUCCUUUCUUCUCCUUUUCACAUGGGCCUCACACCAAAGGUAGUGGCCAUUGCCCUGGGUUCCAUCUAAAACAGUCAGUUAUGAUCUGGACUCUGCUUUAUCCUUUGUGAGCAACAACUGCAUCUUCACAAACCUCACAUUUAUAUCUUAGUAAAAAAUCACAAGCUCCUACUCAGAGUAACUGAUCUCACAUUUUUAUAUUCCUUGUGGAAGGUUCCAGGUUACUGUAUUUGUAGCAGCCCUGGGCAGACUGAGUAUUUGAACAGAUGCAAGAGGAGCAGCCCAGAUCUAUUCCCUCACUAACCUUGGGGGAGCAAGGUUCCAGCUGGCUCAGGGGCAAGGUUUUCUUUCUGUUUGUGCUGAAGGAACAGGACACAAAAACAGUGACUCAUUUGACUAUAGACAUGAUUCAUCUUUUAAUGCACUUGUAAUUCAAGAGCCUGGGAAAAGUUCUAAGGCAAGUUCCACCUUGAAAACACGAUAGCAGAAUGGAUUCCAAACAUUCUUUAUUUUAUAUUUGCUGCCAUAGAAAGUAAUUGAACAGCACUGUCAUCAGUGUCAGUGGGAAAAAGGAACAUGGGUUUUCUUCUCCUGAACAUGUCAGGUACAUUAAGAAGUCAGUCCAAAAUUCUGGUGUUAAGUACAAAAAGCAACUGUUUGAAUUAUAAAAUACUGUAUAUACAGAUAUAAAAAUGUCUCAGAAAGUGUCCCACAAAGUUUCUGAACUUUCAAGAACAAAUCUUCAGCAGGGUAAGUAGGUUGUUGUCUUCAAAGGUGAGCAUCAGUUCAUUAGAGCAGAAUGUCUCAAUCUUUAUCUUCCUAUAUUGCAGGUGACAGACCUUGAUUUUCGUCCCAGCCAGGGAUAACGUGGUGAUCCUAGUAUUAAGGUGUUUUUUCCUGGAGCUAUUAAUUUAACAAGCACACUCUCUAUAUAUAAAAAUGAAAUUUCAAAGAAAUUUAUACAACAGCUAGACUUUAUAAAAAUAUAGAUCUAUAAUUUUACACCAGGAAUUAUCCAAGGUAAGUUUUAAUUUUCUUUGCCAUUAGAAAUUAAUUGUUAUCCUUUGAAAUCCUAUAUAUGGCUAGAAUGUAAACUAAAAUAAUGUGAAAUUAUUAGCUGGUAAAGUGAGUUUGAAUAAUCUCAUUCUGUGGGGUUUUUUUGGGCCAAAAUUAACAAACUACUGCAUUCUGCAGUGCUCAUCCUAUGGGAUGGUGGACAUACUACACAGUACAUGUAAACUCAUUGCAGAAUUUUCACCUAAUUCAGUGUUAAAACCCCAAUAAAAAACAUUCCCACUGUCCUUACUGUAGGAAAAAAAAUAACCCAAAACCCAAAUAAAUAAAAUUAGACAGUAUUUCUAUUUUUGCUGUACUGUGUUAACUCUUUACUGUGUAAUGGAGGCAAUAAUGAAUAAUACAGCCAUGUGAUAAGGGAAUGUAAACUGAACACAUACUGGAAAAAACAGACUUUUACAGUUGUGUGUAUAUAUAUUUUUUAUAUAUAUCUAUAUAUAUACAUCUACAUUGCAGUUAUAACUGUCACCUCACAAAAGAGAUUCAAUGGACUGAACAAUCUUCUAUAAAUUUCCCCAGCUGGAGUUCUUCAGGAAGAACUGGCUUUCAGCUUGGACAGCAGCAUUUCAUUCUUACGGCAUUCCUGUGAACAGAGAGCAAACAUAAGGAGGAAUUGCUCUUAACUCUGCUACCUGGAUCUCCACAUCAACAGAACCCACCCCUUCCUUCUCCAAAAUCCAAAGCAGCUUGGAGCAAGUGAUGAGUUGAAGAUAAUUCUGAUUGAUCCAUCAUGUUAUUCCAAUGGCAAUACUCAUUAAACUUCAUGACAUGCAAGCCAGAAGGAACACUGUUUGACCACCCAUCUGAAGUUGUUACAUGUAGCUAAAGCAAAUUCAGCUUUUUACUUAUAAACAGAAUAAAUGUGAAAUGGAGAUUACUUGUAGGUGAUCUGGAACUUCACAGCACAGUUUGCAAGAGUCAGUGCUCAGGGAACAUCUCUCAGUCAGGAAAUACAUUUACAUAAAUACACCUGUGUUCAGUACCAUGACCAUGACUUCUUUUAUUUUUAAGGGUAGCAGAGCUGAGCAAAAAUUCCCUCACAUGGUAAUGGAAGAAAAAAAGGUAAAAAACCUAAAAAUAAAUCUAUGUAAAUUCUGCAAGUAGGACGUAAAACUCUGUAUGUCAAGUAUGCUGAACAGCCCCUGCCAUUCUGGCAGAGUACACUGAAAAGAGGAAGGAACUGUCUCAGAACAAAGCAGGAGUAAUUACACAAAGAUGUUUUUCCUCAAACAUAUGAAGCCAAAUGACAAUUUUGCCUGCAGCAUUCCUUUUCAUUCAUUCAUUCUCAUGGAGACAGCAAGUAACAGAAGUCCAUGAUGAUUAAAAGCUUGGGAAAGGCUAAAUCAAUGAAGUGUUAUACAAUGCCUUCACAGUCAUUAGGCAACAAGGCUGGUUCCUGAAGAUUAACAACCAAGACUGCAUUUCCUCCUUAUUCACACACAUUUCCACAGCCCUCUUUGCUCUCAUACCUAACUGCUCAUAGAUCUUCAAGAGAUUCCACUUGAAAAUCUAAAUACACCACUUGUUUGAUAACCUCUCCCUGUAACACGGACAGGUGCCAAUCUAGCAGUGAAAGAACUCCCAGAAUCAGAGUCCAAGAUUCACAUGGAGAAAGCAACCAAGAUGCAUCAUGAACAUGGUAUGAUAAGCACCACAUCAGAAAAUCUUGUGCAUAUAUUAAUGCAAAAUCAUGUCAAAAUAGGUCACUGGACAUGACAGUUGAAUAGAGCAGGAGUGUUCUUACCUCUUUAAAUUCUUUCACUGUUUUGAAGUAAAGCCUCUGUUUCUCUAGAAGCUCUAAGUAUUCA